UUCGCUCGAAUUUACAAGUGUUGCCGUUCACCCAGGCGCUUUUGCGUUUCGGAGCGGUGUAUAAAGAAAAUAUAAAUACGUGUUAUUUCUCCCACUUGGAUCUCGUCAGGCGUUUGUGAUAUAUUACCAGUGAUCACUGAAACUGAGGAGUGCAGUGUUUUCAAGUGCAGUGAUGAGGCCCCCGACGGACUACGAUGGUACGAGGUUACCCGCGGAGGCGGAAGAGGGAGACCCGAGAGCACCAGCGAUGAUGAUAUGCGCAAGAUUGGCUGGACGAGCUAUCAUCAGAGUUGUAGGCAGGUGUGAGGAUGCACAAGAGAAUAGCCAACUAGAUCUGUCAGAAUGUCAGCUAAUGCAAGUACCUGAUGCAGUAUAUCACCUCAUGCGACACACUGAGCUCAAGAGCUGCGACCUCAGUGGGAAUGUUAUUACAAAGAUUCCACCAAAGUUUACUGUUAAAUUUAGUUUAAUCACAGAUCUAAACCUAUCAAAUAACCAAGUAGCCAAGCUACCGGAUGAACUCUGCACAUUGGCGUGUUUGCAGCGCUUGGACAUCUCGCACAACUCAUUUGUGGCUCUACCAGCCAUUGCCUGCCAGUGCCCAAGUCUACACACAUUAUUAGCACACCAUAAUCAAAUCAUAGAAGUCGAUGUGGACAGAUUAGCAAGAUCUCGAGCCCUUGAAUAUGUAGACCUAAGUGACAAUCCUAUUCCACCUCGAACAUAUGAGGAAUUAAAGCAGCUGAGCCGACCUUCGAUAUCUAUUUCAGAAAGAGAAAAAGAAGACUGGGAGGAAGAUCUCAUCAUGUAAAAAAUAUAACUUCCUGUGUACAAGACUUACAUUCAUCUUAAUAGAUAAGCAAAGUGUAGGGACUGGUGCAAUUAGGCAUCAACAAGAAGGUUAUGAUAACCUGGUCCUAACUCAACUGUGAUUUAGCCUUGUGCAAAGAGAACUUUAUUAAGUUUCUUAAGCAUGUAGUUAAAUAAGUGUAACAAAAUGAAGUGUAUAUGAUUUUCUAUAUAGAAUAUAUUCAUAAAUAUAAAUGUUACACUAUGUGCUCAAGAAUUUUGUACUCAGUAAAACAAACUGUAAGAGAUAUGACAUAGACAUGUAUGAAGAGCAUGUUUACGAUUAUUCAUAUUUUUAUAUAAUUUUUUUUAUUAAAAAUUGUGAUUAUUUUAUAUUUUGAUGUUAAAAUAACUUUUAAUAAAAGUAAUUAGAUCAACUAUGAGUUGAUCUCUUUCUUUUUAUUGAAUGCUAGUCGUUUAUGAUAAUUAGAUAAGUAUUAAUGAUUUGUAUUAUUCUAACAAUUUACUUUUAUAUUAGAGAAUUUAUAAAAAUAGAAGAUUUUAAUCUUACAUUAUCUUUAAAAUAAUGGAUUGGUAUUUGGUACUUAAAACAAGAAUAUUUGUCUAAAAUUUAUUUAAAAUACAAUUUAUAUUGUUUGUUAAAAUACUUAGCCUAUAAUAGUGCUGGUUUUUAUAUUUUUCGGUUACUUUAAGAUAUAAAUUUACUUUUUCACUUUUAUACACUUUAAAUUUUUUUUAAGAUUCAAUCAAAAUGCUGAAAUGUGUUUUGUAUAAUGCCUUGAUUAUAUUUAAAUUGUGGAUCAUUGUUUUACAACAGUCCAUUACACUAUUAUGCACUUUACAAAAGCAAUAAAAGCUUCUAAUAUU